AUGGAUUUUGUUAUUUCCUGUUAUCUUGGAAAUCGUCUCUACAUUUUUCUUGGUUAUGGCAAUGGAACAUUCAAAUUACCAACAACUCUAACAACUGGUACUAAUCCGUUUAAUAUGAUCGUCGACGACUUCAAUGGAGACAGCUAUGCAGAUAUAGCUGUCACUCAGCUUGGCAAUGACAGUAUAGGUGUUUUACUUGGUCUUGGUGAUAGUACUUUUCAUUCACAAAAUUCUUUCGCAGUUGGCUUUGGUCUGUCUUCAGUUUCUGUCGGAGAUUUUGAUGGUGAUCAAUUUCCUGACUUGUUGGUACCCAACAAUGUUUUAAAUACCGCCAGUGUUCUUUUCGGCUACGGUAAUGGCUAUUUCGCGUUCCCAAUAUCUUUUCCUACUACCAUAGGUCCACUCACAGCCGUUGUAGCUGAUUUUAAUCACGAUAAUCUUUUAGACUUCGCUCUUGCAAACUAUGGCGGUGAUAGUGUGAGUAUUUAUCUUGGCUACGGCAACGGUUCUUUCCAAAUGCUAGCUUCCUAUCCCACCAUGACCAAUCCUUGGCAAUUGGCUAUGGGUGAUCUGAAUAGUGAUCAACACAUGGAUCUUGUUGUAUCAAACUGUGGAAAUGGUACAAUUAGUGUGCUACUUGGUAAUGGUAAUGGUACGUUUCGAGCAGCGGUUCACUACCCGGUUGGAGUCUGUUCGUAUGGCAUUGCGAUGGGGGACAUGAAUGGUGAUAAUUACUUGGAUGUCGUUGUUGUCGGAACCUUUUCUAAUUUUUUUAUUGUAUUUCUCGGAGAUGGAACGGGAAAUUUCUCCAGGCGGUGGCCUUUUGUUACAGAUUACGUUCCAUCAUCGUUGGUUCUCUAUGAUUUCAACAAUGAUGAUCGACUUGAUGUUGUGAUUGUUCACGGUACGGGUAGUGUAAUAGUAUUUCUAAACAAAGGUUAA